AUGGCACAAAUUGUUGUUCCUUUAAAUGUUGUUUACCCUGAUACAUAUUUUGAGGGGGAGAUUCCUCAAGGUACCAACGGCUACAUUGAGUCUGAUGAUGAACAAGUCAAUCCUAGAAAAAAAAAGGCUUCCUUCUCAGGGGGGGCAAAUGACGCUGAAGCUGGAAGUUCCUCUGCCGUUGGUGGUUCUUCAGCCUUCCUCCCAAAAAAGGGCAAGCUGACAGUUGAUUCGGAGGAUUUAGCUAAAGACUGGAAAAUAAAAGUUGAGGAGGAACCAGAACAGGGUAUUUUCUAUGUUGACAAUCAGAACCAAAUGUGCUUUCAACGAACUGAAGACCUUCCUAAUGCUCCAACUGAACAUCUAUUCAAUCUUCUUCUAAAAGUUAUACGAUAUAAGGAACUUGAAAAAGGAUAUCAUGUGUUGAUUUCCUUUGAACACAGUAAGCAUCUUGUUGAUCUGCAUCUUGAUGACUUCAACUGGUUGAAACCUGAGAUCUUAACUGAAGCUGAAACUUUUUCAAAUGAUGACCUUGAUGACUCCAUUAAAGAUUAG